ACUGAGCUCCGAUCUGCUAGCUGCUCCCUCUCUUCACAGCCCUUCUCAGCCAAUCACGGCAGCUGUUACAAUGCUCUGCCCUGCCCUCCACUGUGUGUUUGUUUGGCAAUCUUCGGAGAGCUGAGGGGAGGAGCGGACGCACGGCUGCACAGGACGCAGAUAAUCCCUCACACCGGCAGGAAGGCAACUCAGGAAUCAUCCAUGAAACAGUGACACAUUAAGACGGCUCGUCCAGUGACACAUUAAGACGUCUGUGUCCUACUAGGAGCUCCUCAUGUGCAUCAUUUUUUUCAAGUUUGAUCCCCGUCCAGUCUCCAAGAAUGCUUACAGGCUUAUCCUAGCAGCAAAUAGGGAUGAAUUUUAUCACAGACCUUCGAAGCCUGCAGAUUUCUGGGGCAUUAAUAAUGAAAUCCUUAGUGGUUUGGACAUGGAGACAGGGAAGGAAGGAGGAACCUGGUUGGGUAUCACUAAAAGAGGGAAGUUUGCUGCGCUGACUAACUACUUGCAGCCGAAAAUAGACGUAAAUGCCAAAGGCAGAGGUGCCCUGGUGGCGAACUUCUUGACAUCUGAUCUUGAUAGCUUUUCAUAUCUGAAGAACAUAUCUGCUGAGGGACAUCUUUACAAUGCAUUUAAUUUGGUUGCAGCAGAUUUCAACAAUACAAAGGGAGAUGUAGUUUACUAUUAUGGAUCCAAAGGAGAGCGAGAACCAAUCCAAGUAAAGCCUGGACUGUAUGGCUUGAGCUGCAGCCUGCUAGAUACCCCUUGGAAGAAACUCCAACAUGGAAAAAAUCUUUUUGCUGACAUCAUCAAAAAGAGCCAGGACAUUGCUAGAGAAGACCUAGUACAAGAGCUCAUUAAAGUGAUGAAUAAUGAAGAACCGCAGUUACCAGACCCAGCUAUAGAAGAACAGGGAAAAGAGUUUGUUCGUCCAAUCCUAAACAGCUAUUCUGCAGUUUGUGUUCGUUGCCCAGGCUAUGGAACGAGGACCAACACCAUAGUUCUCAUUGAUGGAGAAGGACAUGUGACGUUCACAGAACGCACGAUGCUAAACUGUGACAUCACUCAGUGGAAAAUUAGCACUCAUCAGUUUAAGCUACAACACUAGCACCUCACCAUAAUGAAACAUCUCUGUUAACUAAGGGUUCACAUACAUAUCGAACAUGCUGAACUUCUGGUGCCUAAAAAAUACUAAAACAUAUUCAAAUAUUAAAAUCACUUUCUUAACCAGCACAAAAGCCAGAGAACCAAAAGAAAUCCAGCAGUGCAAGUGGAAGCACAACCAACACAGUGGGAAAUAUUGUUUCUCGUCUCCAAAUUUUUUCUUUUCACUUUGACUUAUUUAUUGCAGCAAGCACAUCAGUAAUGCACCAAAUGUUGUAAAAAGUAUUAUGGGUAGGAAAAAACGUGAAAAUUAUGUAAAGUUUUUCAGUAUUGUAUGUGUAAAGUGAAAGACGGCAAUGUGAUUUGUAUUUUCUAGUUUUGCUUUAAGAUCAUGCAUCAAUAAAUGAUAUGGCUAAUAAUGUAAGCACAUCAUUAUGCUGAGAUUUUUCAUGGGACAAGAUAGCAUUAAUGUCCCUUCCAUGAGUCAUCAUGGUUUAUUUUCUUACCAAAGGCUAGUGUUGGACUUUAAAGGGGUAUUC